CUCCCUUCUCCGGUUAUAAGUCUCAACAGCGUUUGUAUUGUUUACUUGUGUGCUUUUACUUCCAAUCACAUUUCCAAAUCACCACAACUACAAUCACCUAAUUUGAUUUGUGCAUCCCAAAAGUUACCAAAAGAAUCACUCACCAUCAUGGCGUCCUCACUCCGUACGAUUAGACUCGCACAGCGCGUACCUCAGGUGCUUUCAAGAGCUGCGCCAAAGCCAGCUCGCAUCACCAUACAGAAGCGUCUCAUCAACACUGACACCGCGCCCGUCCUCUACAGUGCGUCCGCAAAGGUCAUCGGCGCGCGCACGGGACACGUCCAGGGCGACGACCUCGUCGUGGACCUCACCAUGGCCAAGGCGCUCGGCGGGCCCGGCGACAAGGGCAAGACGAACCCGGAAGAGCUCUUCGCCGCAGGAUACGGCGCGUGUUUCCAAAGCGCCAUGAACGCCUCGGCGGCGAGCAUGAAGAUCCAGAUGCCCAAGAAAUCUGAGGACUCGGUCGUCGAGACGACGGUCCACCUCGUCGGCGACAUGAAGGGGCUGGAUAUGGGCCUGCGCGUGGACAUGAAGGUCCGCGUCAAGGGCUUGAGCAACGACGAGUUGCAGAAGGUGGUCGACAAGGCCAAGGAGGUGUGUCCGUACAGCCGCGCGACCAAGGGGAACGUGACGACCAACAUCGAGGUCGUCAAGUUUGACGAGAACGGAGAAUCUGAUAACUCGACGCAAAACGUGACCUCAGGGGGUUCGGAGAAGUCCAAGGGCAGCUCAGAGAAAGAACCUGGAGAAGUGAACGGAGUGCGACCGACCGGCCACAGCGACUAUCAAUGAGCGUGGGACAGUUGCGUUAGAGGUCGUUUUGUUAGAGAAGGAGUCGCAUUGCGAUUGCGAUAACAUCGCAUGUAUGACAUUGUACACAACUAUAUCAUAGUAUGGCUGGAAUUCAAUUG